CUGCGCACUCGGCAAGUUGUGGGGAUGGAGAAUCGGUUGAAGUGAAGCCAAAAUUCAUUUUUCUGAGGAAGCUGAAAGUGAACAGUCGUGUAAAAAGAGCUUUGAAUUCAAGAUGAGUCGCAGAGAUCCAUGGAACACCAAAUUUCAAUACCAGUGCGAAUACAAGUCAUAUCCCAAUAAUGACUAUCAAGGCGAAUCUGGAGACUUUGCCCCAGCCCAGCAACAAAAUAGGGGUCAAAACUUUAAUUCGCGCGGAGCGCUAUGUCAGGAGACGAAGUAUCAAGUCACGGUCACCAAACGGGAAUUCUACACGGGUCCUGGAGACGCCAAGUGUCUAGACGGAGCAGGCGGGUCUGCCGUCCAGCAAAACGGUGCCGCCAAAUCGGUAUCGCGUGCUGCCGCUCGCAGAGAGCGUGGCUAUGAACGUCGGGCCCAGGCCACAGUUGAUGCCAUCGAUCGGGAACUGGCCAAGGAUCCCGCAUACCACAAGUGGAUAAGCCAAGAGCGUGGAGAAGAGUUGCAGGACUGGAGAUAUCUCUAGUUAGUUUCGCUUCAUCAACAACCAACGCGUUACAUCCCCAUUGUAUCGCAUUUCAAUUGCAUUUUCAAUAAAUAUUUGAAUGUUUGAUAUUUUGUUAAUAUGCGUUGAAUAAACAAGCGUCUUUUACU